UCCAUUGUCCAUACACCUGGGCGACGCACAAUAUCAGCAUCUGUUGUUUUAUUACCAAUUUCCAUCAACAAUAUCAAUUAGUCAGUAAGGCGUGUACGCCCUUUGCGUGACACUGUUGUUUUAUUUCGACCACAACUAGACCCCGACAAUGAUUAUAUUGAUUCCCUCGUGCUGCUUACGAAGGUCGACGGUGUUCAUUCAGUGGGUGGGUGAGCUAUUCGCGUGGUGGACGGACAAAAGCCUUCAUGGACAAAAGCCUUCACGGACAAAAGCCCUCAUGGACAAAAGCCUUCAUGGACAAAAGCCUUCAUGGACAAGAGCCCUCAUGGACAAAAGCCCUCAUGGACAAAAGCCUUCAUGGACAAAAGCCUUCAUGGACAAAAACCCCUUGGACAAAAGCCCUCAUGGACAAAAGCCUUCAUGGACAGAAGCCUUCAUGGACAAAAGCUUCCAUGGACAGAAGCCUUCAUGGACAAAAGCUUCCAUGGAUAAAAGCCUUCAUGGACAGAAGACCUCAUGGACAAAAGCCCUCAUGGACAAAAGCCUUCAUGGACAAAAUCUUUCAUGGACAGAAGCCUUCAUGGAUAAAAGCCUUCAUGGUCAAAAGCCCUCAUGGACAAAAGCCCUCAUGGACAAAAGCCUUCAUGGACAAAAGCCUUCAUGGCCAGAAGCCUUCAUGGACAAAAGCCUUCAUGGACAAAAGCUUUCAUGGACAGAAGCCUUCAUGGACAAAUGCUUUCAUGGACAAAAGCCUUCAUGGACAAAAGCCCUCAUGGACAAAAGCCCUCAUGGACAAAAGCCUUCAUGGACAAAAUCUUUCAUGGACAGAAGCCUUCAUGGACAAAAGCCUUCAUGGACAAAAGCCUUCAUGGACAAAAGCCCUCAUGGACAAAAGCCUUCAUGGACAAAAGCUUUCAUGGACAGACGCCUUCAUGGACAAAAGCCCUCAUGGACAAAAGCCCUCAUGGACAAAAGCCCUCAUGGACAAAAGCCUUCAUGGACAAAAUCUUUCAUGGACAGAAGCCUUCAUGGACAAAAGCCUUCAUGGACAAAAGCCCUCAUGGACAAAAGCCUUCAUGGACAAAAACUUUCAUGGACAGAAGCCUUCAUGGACAAAAGCUUCCAUGGACAAAAGCCUUCAUGGACAAAAGCCUUCAUGGACAAAAGCUUUCAUGGACAGAAGCCUUCAUGGACAAAAGCCUUCAUGGACAAAAGCCCUCAUGGACAAAAGCCCUCAUGGACAAAAGCCUUCAUGGACAAAAGCUUUCAUGGACAGAAGGCUUCAUGGACAAAAGCCCUCAUGGACAAAAGCCUUCAUGGACAGAAGCCUUCAUGGACAAAAGCCUUCAUGGACAAAAGCCCUCAUGGACAAAACCCCCUUGGACAAAAGACCUCCGGGACAUGAGCCCCAACCCCUGGGACAAAAGCCCCUAAGCUUCAUUAGUAAAGAAACAGAAGAUAUAAGAGGGAUGUGUGACCUCGACAUCACAACCUUCAACAGACGUCUCUUUAGUCCAGUCAGUCAGGAAAGCAAGUAUGCUAGGAUACAUCACCAGGUCAAAGCUUGUCGCAAUGUUGUGGUUGGCAUGUGUGAUAACAACUGUUCUGUACAUUGCUUCAAGCAGAAAUAAGCCCAUGAAACAAAAUACCAUGGUGCUGGUCGACACACAUAAGAAAGAACACCGUGACGGAAGUCCACAGUCCGGAGAGCAGGAGAAAGUCCGGACAAUCUCAGGUACCUCGGAGCAUGUCUUGCUCGUGCUUUUCUCCACGUGGAUUAACAAAAAGGGAAAAGA